UUUCUGUGUUCUGCUCAAUAAUUUUUGCCCUUUAAGGGCAAGAAUCCUGUCUUAUUUAUUAGAAUAUCUCCCCCCCCCCAAUGAUCAGGGUCUCUUGCACUUUGAUGCCCAGCAAAAGAUUGUGUAGAAUGAAUGCAAGGUACCACGAUAAUAGGAACAGUUAGCAUUUAAUGGCAGUGUCCUCUGUGUAAGACUGUGCUAAAAGAUUUGCGUUUAUUAGCUCAAGUAACUCCCCAAAACACCUAUGGUUUUUAUAAUCUCCAUCUUACAGAUGAGGGAAUUGAGGCUUAGAGAGGUUCUAUUGCUUCCCCAAGGCCACACUGUGAAAUGGUAGAGUUGGGAUUCAAACUCAUGUUCUUAAUCACUAUACCAUGUCUACUUAUAACAACAGAUACCGUCAAACGAGGUAUGCAUGUAAAAUGAUAAACACUGUGCCUGACGCAGAGUGAGUUUUUCAUUAUCAUGAUCAUUAUUUUAUCACCUGAAUAUGCACCAGGUUUGGUUUGGGCAUGGGACAUAUGUUUCUUCAGUUUUAUUCCAUAACAACUCCAUUUGCUCUUAGCAUCUCUAGCUCCUCCAUAAGGAAAAUGCAGUUCUGGGAGGUAGUAACUUGCCCGUGGAAAGUCUUCUAGACAAGUCAGAGCACAAAUAAGCCUGAGCAAAGAUGAAGAAUUUUCAGAAAAAUACACCCAGCGUCGCAGGCUGUGGUUCAGGGAAUUGCCAAGCAAGAAGCAAUCCAACAGAGACCACAUGCAACCAUCAAAACGCAAGCCACUGCCUCCCCUCCCACCCUCUGAGGUUACUGAAGAGAGGAUCCAAGUAAAGGCGCUGUAUGAUUUUCUGCCCAGAGAGCCGUGUGAUUUAGCAUUAAAGAGAUCAGAGGAGUACCUGAUAUUGGAGAAAUAUAACCCUCACUGGUGGAAGGCAAGAGACCGUUUGGGGAAUGAAGGCUUAAUCCCAAGCAACUAUGUGACCGAGAACAAACUAACCAAUUUAGAAAUAUAUGAGUGGUACCAUAGAAACAUUACCAGAAAUCAGGCAGAACGUAUUUUGAGACAAGAGUCUAAAGAAGGUGCGUUUAUUGUCAGAGAUUCAAGACAUUUGGGAUCCUACACAAUUUCUGUGUUUAUAAAAGCUAGAAGAAAUAUGGAGGCUACCAUCAAACAUUAUCAGAUUAAAAAGAAUGACUCAGGACAGUGGUACGUGGCUGAAAAACACCUCUUUCAAUCCAUCCCUGACUUGAUCUGGUAUCACCAGCAUAAUGCGGCAGGCCUCAUGAGCCGUCUCCGCUACCCAGUCGGACUGAUGGGCAGCUGUUUGCCAGCCACAGCUGGUUUUAGCUACGAAAAGUGGGAGAUAGAUCCUGCUGAGUUGGCUUUUGUAAAGGAGAUUGGAAGCGGUCAGUUUGGGGUGGUCCAUUUAGGUGAAUGGCGAGCGCACAUCCGGGUAGCUAUCAAGGCCAUCAGCGAAGGCUCCAUGUCCGAGGAGGAUUUCAUCGAAGAGGCUAAAGUGAUGAUGAGAUUGUCUCAUCCCAGGCUGGUCCAGCUCUAUGGAGUGUGCAUACAGCAGAAGCCACUGUACAUUGUGACCGAGUUUAUGGAGAACGGCUGCCUGCUGGACUAUCUCAGAGACAGAAGGGGAACGCUUACAAGGGAGAUGCUGCUGAGCAUGUGCCAGGAUACCUGUGAAGGGAUGGAGUAUCUGGAGAGGAACUGCUUCAUUCAUAGGGAUUUAGCAGCAAGGAAUUGUCUGGUCAGUGCUGCAAGUAUAGUGAAAAUAUCGGACUUUGGAAUGACGAGGUACGUUUUGGAUGAUGAAUAUAUCGGUUCUUCUGGAGCCAAGUUCCCAAUCAAGUGGUCCCCUCCUGAGGUUUUCCAUUUCAACAAGUACAGCAGCAAAUCUGACGUCUGGUCAUUUGGAGUUUUGAUGUGGGAAGUUUUCACGGAAGGAAAAAUGCCGUUUGAAAAUAAGUCAAAUUUGCAAGUUGUGGAAGCCAUUUCUAGAGGCUUCCGGCUGUACCGGCCUCCAUUGGCGCCGAUGUCCAUCUACGAAGUCAUGUAUGGCUGCUGGCACGAGAAGCCUAAAGGCCGCCCUACAUUUGCUGAGCUGCUGCAGGUUCUCACAGAGAUUGCAGAAACCUGGUGACCUGAGUGGAAUGCCAACCCAGAGGAUCAUCUUGCAAAAUUAUCACAAAAGGAAAUCCUGUGUGGGGUCACUGAUGAUGAACACCUUCCUUUAGAGUGGCUAACUCUUAGAAAGAGUGCAAAGAUCACAGGCUUUUCAAACUUUAAAAUUUAAGAAUAUUCUGGAAGUAAUUUUUCUACACGGAUAUUGGAGAGGGACUUCCAAACUCUCCUUUUUUCUGUACUGUCCUUCGUGUCCCAUUUGUGAAGAAGGGAAAAAUGCUCCAUAACCAUCUUCAUAGUGGCUGCUCUUCAUGAGAAUAGCCCUGAGAGCCGCUGAGGGUAUAUGAAAACUUGACCCAUUACAGAGCUGAGGAAAUAUCUUUUCUGAAGAGGAGUGACAUUCUUUACUUCAGGGACUCACUGAAAUAAAGAAAUUCGGCUAACUCAUGGAAUAAAGGAGCCUUCUCUGCAGAAUUUAAUGCUUCUGAGCUGUACAGAUCUUUAUGGAAAAUGCACCUUUACAAACCACAUGAAUGUGAACAUUCUUAAGCUGUCUUUUAUAAUCUUCCUUAUGUUAUUUAACAAAUUGGUUUUACACGUA